AGACGUCAGUCAUAAGCGGAAGCCAAGAUAAGUUCCCACGCGUUCGCCGUGUCUACAUUCUCCACAUUGCAAAACUCCAAAGAGAAACAGAAAAAAAAAAAAAAGAAAAUUCUCUUCCCCUGUUCUCUUCUCAGAAAUUCUCUGCUUUUUCUUUUCUCAAUUUCAUUUUCCUCUUACUUCUCUUUUUUCUUUUCUUUCCCUUCACGACAUCACAGCUUUAUAGCUUUCUUCCUUUCUUUGUUUCUUUCUUUUACUUGAUACUGAAAAGCUCAAUUUUUAAUAGUGGUUAUUGAUAAUAAUCUUUAGUGGAAACUUGGAAAGAUAACAAGAGGUUUAACAUUGCGUGCCUGAUUUGAAGAGGUAGUUUUGUUGUGCCCAUAUGGGAAACUGUUUAGAUUCUUCUGCUGCCAAAGUGGAUACAACUCAAGGUUCACAUACUCCUUCUGGAGCCUCAAGAAUUUCCAGCAGAACCAGCCGUUCUUCAGUUCCUUCUAGUCUGACUAUCCCAUCUUACAGUGAAAGGAGCAGUUCUGAGUGUCUUCCUACACCAAGGACUGAAGGUGAAAUAUUGUCAUCCCCAAAUUUAAAAGCAUUCUGUUUUAACGAACUAAAGAAUGCCACCAGAAAUUUUCGUCCCGAUAGUCUGCUGGGUGAAGGUGGGUUUGGUUAUGUUUUCAAAGGUUGGAUUGAUGAGCACACAUUGAGCGCUGCAAGGCCUGGUUCAGGAAUGGUUGUGGCAGUCAAGAAGCUUAAACCUGAGGGUUUCCAGGGCCACAAGGAGUGGUUGACAGAAGUUAGGUAUCUUGGCCAGCUUCAUCAUCCAAAUCUGGUCAAACUGAUUGGUUACUGCUUGGAGGGUGAGAACCGGCUAUUGGUCUAUGAGUUUAUGCCGAAAGGGAGCUUGGAGAAUCAUCUGUUCAGAAGAGGACCGCAACCACUAUCAUGGGCGGUGCGAAUAAAAGUGGCCGUAGGUGCUGCCAGAGGACUUUCUUUCCUUCAUGAUGCAAAAUCACAAGUCAUAUACCGGGAUUUCAAGGCUUCUAAUAUUUUACUGGACGCGGAAUUCAAUGCCAAACUGUCUGAUUUUGGUUUGGCCAAGGAAGGGCCCACUGGUGAUAGAACUCAUGUGUCGACUCAAGUCAUGGGUACUCAUGGCUAUGCAGCACCUGAAUAUGUUGCUACAGGUAGGCUGACAGCAAAGAGUGAUGUAUACAGCUUUGGGGUUGUGUUGCUUGAACUACUGUCUGGGAGACGUGCUGUUGAUAAAACCAAGGUUGGUAUAGAGCAGAAUCUGGUGGACUGGGCAAAACCCUAUCUUAGUGACAAAAGAAAAUUAUUCCGAAUAAUGGACACCAAGUUGGGGGGACAAUAUCCUCAGAAAAGUGCCCAUAUGGCUGCUAAUCUUGCCUUGCAAUGUCUAAGCACUGAAGCCAAAGCUAGGCCUCGAAUGUCAGAGGUGUUGGCAACACUGGAGCAAAUUGAAUCCCCAAAAACUGCAGGCAGAUUAUCCCACUCAGAGCAUCCGUCAAUUCAGAUACCUGUCCGGAAGUCCCCAAUGAGACAACACCAUUCUCCUCUAAAUCUAACGCCAAGCGCUUCCCCAUUGCCAUCCCAUCGGCAAUCUCCUCGAGUACGUUGAGUAAAAACAUCUCUGUAAAUUUUUCAGUUGCAUAUUUUCCUGUUGCUGUAAUAUCUAAUUUGGGCGUGUAUCUCAAUGCCAUUUUUGAUUCCACUAGAACAGAUUAUCAUCACCUGACACCUGUACUUCUCUUAGCAUUUUCCUUUGGGUAAUCUGCAUCAAGUCAUUUGUAAUUAUAUCUCUGUAGUCAAUAUCAUUUUUGCUUCGGCUGAUCUA